ACGCGUCGCGCGCGCGUUCACGCACGACACGUUCAGGCGCGAGUCGCGGUGUUCAUCGACAGAAGGCGAUUGGACGCGCCGCGAAGAGUCCGCGCGCGAGUCUAGCCUAGCCGCGCAGAGAGGCGGGCGACGAGGCGAGAGAAGAGAGCCGCGGAGAAGAGCGAGAGAGCGCGCGAGGCGCGUCGUCGUCGGCGCGAUGUCGGAUCAGGCGGUCCUGCUCCUCAGGAAGCAGCUGAAAGAGCUGAGCCGUAACCCGAUCGAAGGGUUCUCCGCGGGGCUCGCGGACGAUUCCAACGUCUUCGAAUGGGCGGUCACGAUCAUGGGACCCCCGGACACGAUGUACGAGGGCGGGUUCUUCGUGGCGGCCAUGUCCUUCCCCCAGGACUACCCGAACAAACCGCCGACGGUGAAGUUCGUCAGCGAGAUGUGGCACCCGAACGUGUACCCGGAUGGCAAAGUGUGCAUCUCCAUCCUGCACAACCCGGGGGACGAUCCGAUGGGAUACGAGCAAGCGAACGAGCGCUGGUCCCCGGUGCAGACGGUGGAGACGAUCAUGCUGUCGAUCAUCUCCAUGCUGUCGAGUCCGAACGACGAGAGUCCGGCGAACAUCGACGCGGCGAAGCAGUUCCGCGAAGAUCACGCGGGGUUUAGGAAACGCGUCGCGUCGUGCGUGCGGAAAUCGCAAGAGAUGUGACGACGACGCGACGACGCGGACGAGAUUCUGACGUGAUUCUGUGGAUGGAUGGAUGCGAUUCAAAAUCGAGUCGAGGGACUGCACUACGACGACGACGACGAGGAGGAGGAGGAGGCUGCGAGGAGAUGAGAUCAGAUGGACGCGUGGACGGAUCGGAGGAACGCGGCGGCGCGCGAACGACGCGACGACGAACGGUUUAAAAAUAGCAUCAGUUUAACGAACGACGUCGCGCCGCUUGUUAAACU